AUUUCGGUGAGAGAGCCGUCACUUUGCAGAUUAGUGCCUGUGGAUAGUGUAACCACUGCGUGCUGGAAAGACGCUUUUUAAAUGCAAUCGGGAUUAAAGCGAGGCGGAAAACAGAACACAUUUCUUCCUUAAAUAAACGGGACGACCAUUUUUAUGGUAACAUGUUUGCAUAUUUUUGGACCUGCCGUUUGAUUGUAUGAUCUGGUCGAUCGCAAAUGUCUCGCUUGAGUGAACCGACUUAAUGCUUUGCUCCCGAGCUGCUGAAAAGUUCUAAGGUUCCACGGGAACAUAGAGACAAGAGUUGCAACACGCUUGUGAUGCAGCCACGACACAUCUCCCAAAUCCCACCACCUUGGUAGCCAAGAGGAUUGACAGCUACCAUGGGGACCUGGCGACUGGUGACCUGCUGUCUGUCUAUCCCGUGUUUCCUAAUCCUCAUCAGCGGUAACGGCCUUGUUUUCAUGAGUGCACAGCACCUCGCGCAGUGUGGCAGGAAGGAGCAUCCCAUGGUCCUCUUCAGAGAUUUGAGUCCAUGGGUAUCAAAUUUUAGCUUUCCAGGAGUCUCUGACUAUUCUCAGCUGGCUAUUGAUCUAAGCAGAAACCAACUGAUAAUUGGAGCCAGAAACUACCUCUUCCGUCUCACACUGGACAAUGUCUCUCUUAUACAGGCAAUGGAGUGGGGACCAGAGGAAGAUACCAAGAGGGCUUGUCAAAGCAAAGGGAAGACAAAGGAGGAAUGCCAGAAUUUUAUCCGAGUCCUUCUCAUCAAUGGAAAGAAAAUCUUUGCUUGUGGAACUAAUGCAUUUUCCCCAACCUGCACCAAUCGACAGCUGGGAAACCUGAGCAAAAUCUUCGACAAGAUCAAUGGUGUGGCGAGGUGUCCCUAUGACCCCAAACACAAUUCCACUGCUGUGAUUACGUCACGAGGGGAGCUGUAUGCAGCUACUGUGAUAGACUUCUCAGGUCGAGACCCUGCGAUCUAUCGAAGUUUGGGAACCGGACCUCCACUUCGAACUGCACAAUACAACUCGAAAUGGCUCAAUGAACCUAACUUCAUCUCAGCCUAUGACAUUGGUCUGUUCAUCUACUUCUUCUUCCGGGAGAAUGCCGUGGAGCACGACUGUGGCAAAACCGUCUACUCUCGGGUUGGACGGGUGUGUAAGAGUGACAUUGGUGGCCACUUUCUGCUGGAGGACACGUGGACAACCUUCAUGAAGGCCCGGUUGAAUUGCUCCCGCUCAGGAGAGGUCCCCUUCUACUACAAUGAGCUGCAGAGCACAUUUUACCUUCCUGAGCAGGACCUCAUCUACGGAAUUUUCACCACCAAUGUGAACAGCAUUGCAGCCUCAGCAGUCUGUGCCUACAACCUUAGUGCCAUCACACAAACCUUUAAUGGACCCUUCCGAUAUCAGGAGAACCCCCGGUCAGCUUGGUUGCCUGCUUCAAACCCCAUUCCCAACUUCCAGUGUGGCUCACUUGGUGACCAUGGGCCCAAUGAGAACCUUACCGAACGCAGCCUCCAGGAUGCUCAGCGUUUCUUCCUCAUGAACGAUGCAGUGCAGCCAGUCUCCGUUGACCCGCUGGUAACGCAUGACAACAUGCGUUUCUCAAAGCUGGUGGUGGACAUCGUGCAAGGGAGGGACACGCUCUACCACGUGAUGUACAUCGGUACAGAGCAUGGCACCAUUCUGAAAACCCUCUCGUCUGAGAACAAGAGUGUGGGGAGCUGCUACUUGGAGGAACUGCAGCUACUUCCACCUGGUCAGCAAGAACCCAUCCGCAAUUUGCAAAUCCUGCACAGUGACCGGUCCCUGUUUGUGGGACUCAACGGGCAGGUACUGAAGAUCCCACUGGAGCGAUGCUUCUCCUACAAAACUGAAGCGUCUUGUCUUGGGGCCAGAGAUCCUUACUGUGGCUGGGACCUGAGGCAGAAAAAAUGUACCACCAUCGAAGACAGCUCCAACAUGAGUCUAUGGAGCCAAAACAUCACUGACUGCCCGAUGAGAAACCUCACAGUGGAUGGUGAAUUUGGACCUUGGUCUCCAUGGCAACUAUGUGAGCAUGCGGACAAGGAAGCUACGGGGUCAUGCAUGUGUCGUUCAAGGUCAUGUGACAGCCCUGCUCCACAGUGCAGAGGGCACGAGUGUGAAGGGUCCAGGAUUGAAGUGGCAAAUUGUUCAAGAAAUGGAGGUUGGACGUCCUGGGCGUCCUGGGCUCCGUGCAGUACCACCUGUGGAAUUGGAUUCCAGGUACGCCAGCGUUCCUGCAGCAAUCCCACACCACGCUAUGGAGGACGAGUGUGUGUCGGACAAAGCCGGGAAGAGCGGUUUUGCAAUGAGAACACUGCCUGUCCUUCGCCCAUCUUCUGGUCCAUUUGGGGCCCCUGGACCAAGUGCAGUGCUGACUGUGGUGGAGGGAUGCACCUGAGACAGAGGACCUGCCAAAAUGGGAAUACCUGCCCAGGUUGUGCAGUGGAACACCGAGCCUGUAACGUGGACUCGUGUCCCGAGGUGCGCAGGAACACGCCCUGGACACCCUGGAUGCUGGUCAACAUCAGCCAGAAUGGAGCCCAUCACGAGCAACGUUUCCGCUACACAUGCCGGGCGCCGCUCUCGGACCCUCAUGAUCUCCAACUGGGGAAAAAGAGGGUGGACAGCAGGUUCUGCCCUGCAGAUGGGAGCUCAGCCUGCCCCACUGAUCAUGUGAUUGAUGACCUUUUGAAGUUUAGCCACCAAGCUCUCCGCAGGAUCAAUGGUGGAUGGUCCGCAUGGAUGCCCUGGUCAUCCUGUUCCCGAGAGUGUGAGACAGGAUUCCGCUCCAGGAGGAGAAGCUGCACCAACCCAGAGCCCAAGAACGGGGGGCUGCCCUGCCUGGGGUCCCCCAUUGAGUACGAGAACUGUAACCAGCAACUUUGCCCAGUUAAGGGAGCUUGGUCCUGCUGGUCACCCUGGUCCCUAUGCUCUGCAACAUGUGGAGGUGGACACUACCAGCGUACACGGACUUGUACGAGUCCAAUGCCAGCAAACGGUGGGGACAUCUGCAUUGGGCUACAUUCUGAGGAAGCUCUCUGCAACACUCAGGCUUGUGAAGGUGGCUGGUCAGUGUGGACAGAGUGGAGUCUGUGUGAUGAAGAAGGCACACAGUCCCGCAGACGUCGAUGUGAGGUGUCCAAUUCAGGGCAGGAGCAGUGUGUGGGAAACAGCACCCAGUAUCGACCCUGUCUCUACAAUGAAAUCCCAGUGAUUCAGCCUGCAAUUGGAAGUGACACAAGCUGUGCAAGUUACAGUAUCUACCACCUGGUUGCCACCGGCAUCGCCUCCUUCUUGGGCACGAGCCUUAUUACCCUGCUGAUCUACAUGUACUACCAGCGAUGCUACAGACAAUCUCAGGAGUCCACAGUCGUUCAUCCGAGCACUCCCAAUCACUUAAACUACAAGAGCAGCAGUCAGGCGAACAAAAAUGAGCUCUACAAUCCAAUGGAAAUCAAGACUCUGAACAAGAACAAUUUGAUUCCUGAUGACAGAAGCAACUAUUUAUCCUCAUUACAGCAGACGAAUGUGUACACCACUACGUAUUAUCCCAGCACCCUGAAUAAGUAUGACUACAGGCCCGACUCGUCACCUAGCAGAACCUACACCUAAAUCCCACAGUGCCGGUGCUUGGAGAAUGGACCCCUGCGAGCAAACCAUAAUUAUAGAAAUGCUAGUAGGCAUCAUAGUAUCAGCCAAUCACAGUUCAAUUUUGUCUUGAGAUCGUCCAUUAAAGAUUUGCACUUCUUCAAGAUCCACACUUCCAACCAUCAAAACUUCUUUAUGACUUGUGAGAAAUCAGGACUUAAUAAGCAAUGGAUUAUAUAUAUAUAGACUUGCAGACGAAGAGGUAUAAUUCGUUUCUGAUGGGAAAAGACUGAACAAUGCCGAGAAAGUGAUCGCCACAAUGGCCAAACAGUUCAAAUGUUACCAUGGCAACCGGUCAUCUCUAUGAAGCUGUAGAUUUGCUGAGGAUUUCCUCAUUGAGAUUCAUUGGUACUUUGAGAAUGUGACUGUAGAACCAGGAAAUACUCCUUCAAAAAUAAGAGGGGAAAAUUGGAUUAUUUUUGUUAUUAAUCAGAAAGGUUUUUUUUCUCUCUCUCUACCCCUUCAGUAUUUCCUUUCAGUUGGAUGUCCUGUGAAGCCUAACAGUAGCAAAGCAUAGUCUUACAUAGUAUUUACUGUAUAGAAAUGGGCCCUGAAGCCCAACAGAUCCAAGCCAGUGUUUAUCUUAUCAGUGUUUCCUCACAUUUCAUUCUCCCAGAUGUAGGACCAUCAGAAUAUUCCCUGUUUUUAAACUGACCUGUUGCUUGUAAUGUGUCCUCUGUCCAUGCAUUCCUCCCUUUUCUCACUGUGAGCAUGGUUUCUUUUAGCCGGGAAGUCAGUUGAUUGAUAACCAACUGUACAUCAUUGUAAAUUUGUUGGAUUUGACACUUGGGGAAAUGAAGGAGAAGGAGAAAGCCAACAUUUGUUUCUUUAACCAGGGACUUCCAGCAAAUCAAUUUAUAGCAUUGGAAAUUAAUGGUGAAAUAUUUAAAGCAACUGUAUUUUUUCUGUUUUCAAUUGAUGAGAUCAAACACGCUUUUUACAAAGAGAUUACUGUAAAUCCUGUUCUUUGUUUAUUGGAGGGGAGGUGGAAAAGUGCAAAAGAGCUGAAGGUCAUUCAGCCCAACGUGGUUAUGCCAGCUUAUUUAAGAGUCUAUCAAAUUUCCUGGAUUCUGUACAGAACACUGAUAAUUUAACCUUGCAGCAAAAGAAAAACUGCUUGAGGAACGAAACAGGUUAACUAAUCCAGAGCAAUGUGUUGUGCGUUGUUCCACAUUCUAGUAUCUGCAGUCUCUUGUGUCUCCAUAAUGCUUAAGGAACUCAACAAGUCAGCAAAUGACAUUAGUUUUGUUUACUGAAAGGUCUUAAGAUAGAUAAGUCACCUAGACCAGAUGGUACGCACCUCAGAGUUCUGAAAAAGAUGGAUGAAGAGAUUGUGGAGGCAUUAGUAAUGAUCUUUGAAGAAUCAAUUGAUUCUGGCAUGGUUCUGGAGGACUGGAAAUUGCAAAUGUUACUCCACUCUUCAAGAAGGGAGAGAGGCAGAAAAAAGGAAAUUACAGGCCAGUUAGUCUGUCUCAGUGGUUGGGAAGAUGUUGAAAUCGAUUGUUAAGGAUGUUGUUUCAGGCUACUUGGAGACACAUGAUAAAAUAGGCCGUAGUCAGCAUAGUUUCCUUAAGGGAAAAUCUCGCUUGACAAAUCCAUUGGACUUCUUUUGAAGAAAUAUAAACCAGGAUAGACAAAGGCGAAUCAGUGGAUGCAAUGUACAUGGAUUUUCAGAAGGCCUUUGACAAGGUGCCAUAAUUGAGGCUGUUGAACAAGUUAAGAGCCCAUGGCUUUGCAGGAAAGAUACUAGCAUAGAUAAAGCAGUGGCUGAUUGGCAGGAGGCAAAGAGUGGAAAUAAGGAGAGCCUUUUCUGUUUGGCUGCUGGUGACUAGCGGUGUUUCAUAGGGGUCUAUGUUGGGACCGAUUCUUUUUACAUUACUGUAUAUGUCAAUACAUAGAUGAUGAAAUUGAUGGCUUUGUAGCCAAGUUUUCGGAUGAUACAAAAAGAGGUGGAGGGGCAGGUAGUUUUGAGGAAGUAGAGAGACUACACAGAAGGACUUAGACAGAUUAGGAGAAUGGGCAAAGAAGUAGCAGCAUCAGGAAGUGUAUAGUUAUGCACGUUGGUAGAAGAAGUAAAUGCUUUGGCAAUUUUCUAAAUGGAGAGGAAAUUCAACAAUCUGAGGUACAAGGGGACUUGGGAGUCCUUGUGUAAGAUUCCUUAAAGAUUAACUUGCAGGUUGAGUUGGUGGUGGGGAAGGCAGAUGCAAUGUUAGCAUUCCUUUCAAGAGACUAGAAUAUAAAAGCAAGAAUGGAAUGUUGAGGCUUUAUAAAACACUGGUGAGGCCUCACUUGGAGUAUUGUGAGCAAUUUAAAGUCCCUUAUCUAAGAAAAGAUGUACUGAAGCUGGGCAGGAUUCAAAGGAGGUUCACAAAAAUGAUUCUGGGAUUGAGAGACUAGUCAUAUGAUGAGAGUUUGAUGUCUCUGGGUCCGUAUUCACUGGAAUUCAGAAGAAUAAGGUGUGACCUCAUUGAAACCUAUCGAAUAGUGAAAGACCUUGAUAGAGUGGAUGUGGAGAGCAUGUUUCCUAUGGUGGGGGAGUCUAAGACCAAAGGACAUAGCCUCAGAUUAGAGAGGCGUCCUUAUAGAAUGGAGAUGAGGAGGAAUUUCUUUAGCCAGAGAGUGGCAAAUCUGUGGAAUUUGUUACCACAGGCAGCUGUGCAGGACAAGUAAUUGAUUCUUGAUAUAUUUUUGAUUAGUCAAAGCAUGAAGGGAUACGGGGAGAAGGCAGAAGAUUGGGGCUGAGAGGAAAAUUGAAUCAGCCAUGAUGAAAUGGUGGAGCAGCCUCGAUUGCUCCUGUAUCUUAUGGUCAAGCAGCAUCUGUGUAGAGAAAUGGACAGUCGAAAUCUCUGUCUAGAUGAAGACUCUCAACCCAAAACAUCAACUUUUCCCUCCACAGUUGUUGCCAGACCUGAUGAUUUCCUCUAGCAUUCUGGAAUCUGGAAUAAUAAACAAAAUGCUGGAGGAACUCAGCAGAUAAGGCUGCAUCCAUGGAGAUAAAAAGAGAGUCGACAUUUUAGGUCUUGAUUUGAGUCCAGAUGAAGGGUCUUGACUCAAAACAUUUUCUUCCAUUGGUGCUGCCUGACCUGCUGAGUUCCUGCAGCAAUUUGAUGAUAUAUUCUGGUUCGUGUUGCGCUCGUUGGUUCAGGAACUGAAUGGUUGAAGGAAAGUACAGUAGCUGUCCUUGAACCUGGUGAUGUGGACCUUCAGCCUUCUGUACCCCCUGCCUAAUGGUAGCUGUGUGAAGAUGGCACCUCCCCGAUGCCAUAACAUAUGUGUGAUCUGAGAUGUCUUUCUUUCACAGUAAUUCAGCAUGUCGAUGCAUCAUAUCUUUGGCAUCAUUAGCUAUGAAUCCACAUCACCAUCACUUUGUCCAUAGCUUUCUAUCCCUUGUUGAUUCAAACACUUUUUCAGAUACUUCUUAAAUAUUGCGAGAACUCUCACUGAUAAGGAGAUCAAUGGCACAGCCUGUUUUUUUUUUGUCUUUAUUAAAUCCCUUUAAUCAAGAGGUCAGUAAAAGCAAUUGUAUUGAUGAGUCUCAGGUACAGUACAACAGGACAUGGUAAGGACAGCAGAUAGCAAUAAGCUUGAGAGAGCGCAGAGAAAGUUUCUGAGGAUGCUGUCAGGUGCUGAGGACCUGAGUAACAGGGACAUGCUGACUUCACUCCCUGGAGUGCAGGUGGUGGAGGGGAAAUCCUACAGAGGUCUAACAAAUUACCAGUAUACAAAAUUACAGGGUGAAUGCAUGCAGGCUUUUUCUGCUCAGGAUGGUAUAGACCAGAACUAGAUGUGGGGAGAAGGAGAAAUAUUAAAGGGAAGUAUUUAAGCACUUGGAGUACUGUGUUCAGUUCUGGUCACCUCACUACAGGAAGGAUGUGGAUGCUAUAGAGAGAGUGCAGAGGAGAUUUACAAGGAUGUUGCCUAGAUUGGAGAGCAUGCCUCAAGAGAAUAGGUUGAGUGAACUUGGCCUUUUCUCUUUGGAGUGACAGAGGAUGAGAGGUGACCUGAUGGAGGUGUAUAAGAUGAUGAGAGGCAUUGAUCGUGUGGAUAGCCAGAGGUUUUUUCCCAGGGUUGAAUUGGCUAAUAUGAGGGGGCAUAGUUUUCAGGUGUUUGGAAAUAGGUACCAAAUAGGGUGUCGGAUAAGUUUUCCACACAGAGAGUGGUGAGUGCAUGGAAUGCAUUGCCAGCAAUGGUGGUAGAGGCAGAUACAAUAGGAUCUUUUAAGAGACUCUUAGAUAGGUACAUAGAGCUUAGAAAAAUAGAGGGCUAUGUGGUAGGGAAAUUCUAGGCAGUUUCUAGAGUAGGUUACAUGGUCAGCACAAUAUUGUGGGCUGAAGGGCCUGUAAUGUGCUGACAUUUCUAUGAAGUAUGAGGGGGAUAUUCUUCACUCAGAGUGGUGUGAGUGUUCCCUCAAAACUAAUCAAUAAGUCUCAAGACCAUGGCCUCAGUACCUACUUGUUCAACUGAAUCUUCAAUUUUCUCACUUGCAGAGCCCCAGUCAGUUCAGAUUAACAACAUCUCCUCAGAAUCACCAUCGGCAUAGGUGCACCACAAGGCUGUGUGCCUAGACCCCGCUCCACUCGCUUUACACCUAUGACUGUGAGGCUAAGAACAGCUCCAACACCAUCUUUAAGUUUGCUGAUGACACCACUAUCUUUGGCCAAAUCAAAGGUGGUGAUAAAUCAACAUAAAGGUGGAAGAUUGAAAAUCCGGCUGAAUGGUUCCACAAUAACAACUUUUCACACAAUGUCAGCAAAACCAAAGAGCUGAUUAUUGACUAGAGAAAGAAGAAACGAGAGGUCCAUGAGCCAGUCCGCAUCAGGGCAUUUGAGGAUUUUCAGUCUAUUGUGUUUCCUUGUAUUUACUGUGAAUGCCUGCAAGAAAAUGAACCUCAGGGUAGUAUAUGCUGACAUAUAUGUACUUUGAUAAUAAAUUAUUUUCAACUGUGGAGCUUUGAACUUUGAGUGUGGAUUGAGCUGUCAACAGAAUUGGUGGAUGGGGUUUCAAUUGUAACAUUAAAGAAAGAUUUGUAUAGGUACAUCCAAACCUUUCUUUAAUAUUACAAUUGAACCUUCAUUCACCAAUUCUGCUGAAUAUGGUCCUGGUGUAGAUACAUGGGACUAGGCAGAAGACCAGGUCAGCAUGCACUAGAUGGGCCAAUGGGCCUUUUUUAAUGCUGUAGUGCUCUAUAACUCUAUGUUCUAUGUCCCUCUAUGAAAGUUGUUAGUGAAGGUUUAUAAGAUUUAAGAUUUGGUGAGAAAUCAAUGGUCUUGUGUCCUUCUCAACUUGUACCCAUUUGCCCCCGUUUCGCCUGUAUUCCUUUAAACCAGGGGUUCCCAACCUUUUUUAUGCCAUGGCCCCUAACAUUAAAUGAAGGGUUCACAGACUGUGCAAAUCCAGAAGUGGAAAAAAAAGCAGUAAAUAUCAAGAACAUGAGAUGAUGGGUCCUUGGAUUGUGGGAACAGUUCAGUGAUGGGUGAGUGAAGCUGAGUGAAAUUAUCCCUCUGGUUCAAGAGCCUGGUGGUUGAGGGGUAAUAACUGUUCCUGAACUGGGGGUGUGGGUCCUGAGGCUCCUGUACCUUUUCCCUGAUGUCUUGGCACCAGCGAGAGGAGAGUAUGGCCUGGGUGGUGGUUGUAGGGGGCGGGGGGAGGUUUGAUGAUGGAUGCUGCUGCUUUCCUGAAACAGUGAUCCAAGUAGAUGUGCUCAGUGGUGGGGAGGGAUUUACCCAUGAUGGACUGGGCUGUGUCCAUUGCUUUUUGGAGGAUUUUCCAUUCAAGGGGAUUCAUGUUUCCAUACCAGGCCACAAUGCAACCAGUCAAUACACUCUCAACCGUACAUCUAUGGAAGCUUGUCAACAUUUUAAAUGUCAUAUAACAAUUACAGCAUGGAAACAGGCCAUCUGGGCCCUUCUAGUCCGUGCCGAACUCUUACUCUCACCUAGUCCCACCGACCUGCACUCAGCCCAUAACCCUCCAUUCCUUUCCUGUCCAUAUACCUAUCCAAUUUAACUUUAAAUGACAACAUCGAACCUGCCUCAACCACUUCUGCUGGAAGCUUGUUCCACACAGCUACCACUCUCUGAGUAAAGAAGUUCCCCCUCAUGUUACCCCUAAACUUUUGCCUUUUAACUCUCAACUCAUGUCCUCUUGUUCGAAUUUCCCCCACUCUCAAUGGAAAAAGCCUAUCCACGUCAACUCUAUCUAUCCCCCUCAUAAUUUUAAACACCUCUAUCAAGUCCCCCCUCAACUUUCUACGCUCCAAAGAAUAAAGACCUAACUUGUUCAACCUUUCUCUUUAACUUAGGAGAUGAAACCCAGGCAACAUUUUAGUUGUGUCAAAUCUUUGCAAACUUUUAAGAAAGUAGAUGCGCUGCCAUGCUUUCUUCGUGCUGGGCCUAGGAUAGAUCCUCAGAAAUGGUAACCUUGAGGAAUUUAAAGUUGCUGACCCUCUCCACCUCCGAUCCCCAGUUGAGAUCUGGCUCAUGGACCUCCGGUUUCUUCCUCCUGGAAUCAAUCAUCAGCUCCUUGGUCUUGUUGACAUUGAGUGAGAGGCUGUCGUUGUGGCACUAUUCAGCCAAAUUUUCAAUGUCCCUCCUAUAUGCUGAUUCAUCACCACCUUUGAUUUGGCAAUGACAGUGGUGU